GGCAUGGCGACAGAGCCUAGCACCCAUUCCAGGGUGAUGUUUCAGACUAAAGAUGAGGAACCCCCUCAGCGCAGCCUUGGCAAACUGACAGUCAAAUACAACCGCAAAGACCUCCAGAGGAGACUGGAUAUUGAGGAGUGGAUCGACAGACAACUGCACCUGCUAUAUGACUGUGAGGAGGAGGAGAUUCCAGAAUUGGAGAUUGACAUUGAUGAGCUUCUAGAACUUUCAGAUGAAGCACAGAGAGGUAAACUGCAGGAGCUGUUGCAGGAAUGCGGCAAGCCAAAAGAGGAUUUUAUCAAUGGACUGCUCUAUCGGAUGAAGGGUUUACGGAAGAUGUCAGGACCCUUGAAGAAGUAG